AUGGCUGCGAAAUUCUCCCAAGACCAGUAUCACUGGAUCAACAAAGCCGUAAACUCGCUCGAUCCAGAAACCGAUUACGAACUCAUGUGGCGGCUGAUGUCAUGCUAUCGCCUGUCCGACUUCAUGAACAAUCUUACCUACUCCUUGACGUUCCCCAACUUUGUCGUUACCAGCCAUGGAGCCGAGGCUGUUUGGCGUUCGGACGGCGGCAAGGUCGUUCAAAAAGGAACCCAGCGAGUCGAGGACACGGAAAACUACAACAUGACGUGGUGGUACUACGGCCCGAGUGACCAACGAUGCAAGGACGCUGUACAACGCAUCAACAAUCUUCACACUUCCCUCGCUCGCAAGUAUCCUGGGAACUUUUCUCACAACGAGGACUACAUCUACACCUUGGCAUUCAGUGCUAUUUUGAUGCAUCGACUCAGGCUUCUUUUGGGCCUCUCUGGCUUUUCCGACAAGGAGAAGACUGCGGCCCAUCAUUUCUGGCGCGACAUGACUCCUCUUUUCACGAUCGAGGGAGGGACUCCUGUGGGCGGCUACCCUGCUGAUUUUGACGGCUGCAUGAAGUUCUGUGAGGAGUAUGAGAAAAUUCCUCGGGAGUUCGACGAACGAGCUCGCAACGUCGGGCUAGCCAUUUUCAAUCAAUUUGCUUUCCGAUACUUUCCUCCCGGGUUUCGCUGGUUGGGUGUAUCAUUCCCUCUAGCACUCUCUCUCCCCACGACGCUCAGUUCCAUGAGGUUGAAACCAGUCAAUCCCAUCCUCGGAGGUUUCAUCAUAUUCGUUGUCCGGACGUUGAUGUGGUUUGGCGAGGUCUUUUUACCGGACCCCAAAGUCUCCUUCUUUACCGGUCUGGAGAGCUUGGAUGGCAAUGGAAAACGGAUGCGAAAGGAGAAUAUUCGAGGCCUUGAUGUUGCAUAUUCGAAGUAUAUCAAAACCGAGUUUAGUGGUCCUGGCUGCCCGUUUCACACGAAAAUUGAAUAGAAAUGCAAUUGAGCACGAUAUCAAACCAGUGUAGAAUGCAGACCAUGAUCAUUAUGUGCGCAAGACCUGCAUGACGGCUUUGCCAUAGGUGAAGGUCCCCAACCUGGCAGUUGAGCAGGAAACCCACUCACUCACUUGCCAGUUCCGUAUGUUAACCACAAUAUUCCUCAAAGCCGCGCUACCAAGAUGCAAUGGUAUUGUGCAACAAAAAUAAUUAACAGCAACAAAUCCAGUCACAACCGGCAAAAGAAUUGGACGAGCGGGGAAUUGAACCCCGGACCUUCCGCAAGUUACUUGUUAGAUCAAUGCGAAGCGGACGCCAUACCCCUAGACCACACGCCCUGUUA